AUGGCGGUGCUUGGGCGGUUCCAUGCAGCGGUAUUUGAGGAGUUGCUCGAAGAAGUUGCAGAGGACCAUAUCCUCCGUCACCUGCUGACCGACCUGCUGUUUGUCGGGAGUCACCUAGCCAUUUGCAGCACCAACAGCGUCCCUGCCUCACUAAUGCCCAUCGGCAGUGGCAGCUCAGCGAUCAUCGGACCACAUCGGCCAAUGAUGAUGCAACUGGGUGGUGGAAUUGGCACAGCUUCCCAGAAUUGUGCGUAUUGGUCGACAUUCCGGAAAAUCAGAAAAUCAGAAAACCCCUCGCUCCCCACCCUCCCCCCUUUAGACGACGAUAGCAAUCAAGUCACCAUUCCCAGCACCAGCGCCCACAGCCCGUCGCAUUCCGCCGCACGCAGUCAAGACAUUCCACUGCUCCCGAUCCACCGAACUCCUACCGCCACUCCCGAGUCCUCCCACCCUCAAGUCAAUCAACCGCCGCCGCUGGCUCACAUUCAAAGUCCGGCGCUGCAUGACGCCCCAGACAAUCUCAACAACCCUCCCGACCUGGAGCAAGGGGGUCAUGCAGUCAUGCCGAGGCCAGCGACGAGCGAGGGGUGGUACCACAAUCAGAGGACGGCGGUAGGAGGUCAAGAACCUGUCCCGGAUGAAGCCAAUCAACCACAAUCCCGGGGCAGGCGGUGGGUCGGGAAGCACCUGCGUGCGGCAAAAUGGAGCGCGUGUGCGCGGCUGUGGGCUGCCUACUGCACGAUACUGGCAGGGCUGGGCAUAAUUGCUAUUGUUGUCACGGUGGCCGUCGUCGGCCGUCAAUAG